AUGUCGAUAUGCGACGAGCCGCGACAGGGCGAGUUCGAGUACAGCACAAUUAACCAAAGUGACAUGGAUACGAAUACCUCAGCCAAAACUAACCACUCGACAGAGUUGAGUUUGGAUGCCCUGUCUAGACUGCUUGAUAUAAAACUGGCGGGUGUAAAAAGUGACAUACGGAUGUUAGAUUCCAAAUUAAGCACGGCAAAAGCGGAAAUUUUCAAUGAAAUUAAUAAAAAAUUCACCAUCGCUAUAGACAGUUUGAAGAAAGAGUUUACGGACACCACGGACUUCUUGAGUGACCAGAUUAAAGACGUUCGAACGGACCUGGUAACGAUGAACAAUAAAAUACAAAUGUUAGAAUCGGAGAAUACGCGUCUUAGCGCAGAGUUAUUGGUAGCAAAAAAGGACUCAAAACAACAAUCUAACACCGCGGAACUGAAAACUGUCAUCGACCAAAUGCACAUGGAACUAAAUGAAAGAGAUCAAGCGUUAAUAUUAAAUGACUUGGAAAUUUCAGGGGUACCAGAACACCCGGGAGAAUCAACACUGCACAUCGUACAAGCUAUAUCGUCAAAAAUAGGCAUAUCGUUGGAUGACCGGGAAGUGGUCAGCGUGGAGCGCGUUGGACCGCUGAGGCCGAGCAAUGUGUCCCAGUAUAAUGCUAGACAACACCCCCGCCCCCUGGUCUUACGUCUCGCAAGAAGAUCGGUAAGGGAUAACCUGAUACAGAAUGCGCGGGUUCGUCGAAGUUUGGAUACAAGUAACAUCGGGCUACCGGAACACACUCCGUCUCGAGUAUACAUAAAUGAGAGGCUAACAAAAACAAAUCGUAAAUUGUUUUGGCAAGCCCGACAGGCAGGCAAUACCGCCGGUUGGAGGUUCGUAUGGACUAAAGAGGGGUGUAUCUUCGCGAAGAGAACAGAUGGUAAGGACAGCAAAACAAUUAGAAUUCGGAGUGAUAAAGAAGUGGGACAGGUUUUCGGUGUGGACCCGGCUGCAUCUAUUGAUAAAUGA